AUGGGGCUAAGAGUUGCCAGCCUUUUUAUGCUCUGGCUGGCUCUUUCCUAUGCAAAUGAAAUAAGAAAAGGAAGGACAAGAAACCAUGGCCACUAUGUCUGCAGCACUUGGGGAAACAAUCAUUUCAAAACUUUUGAUGGAGACGUCUAUCAAUUUCCUGGCAUUUGCGAGUAUAAUUUUGCUUCUGAUUGCCGAGAAUCUUAUAGGGAGUUCUCUGUCCACAUUCAGCGUACUCUGAACAGCAAUAACCACCCGGAGAUUCAGUAUAUUCUGAUAACAAUCAAGGACUUUACAGUGUACCUCAAGCCAAAACUGGCUGUGGUGGAUGGGCAGAUUGUGAAAACACCUUACUACAGCUCUGGUGUGCUCAUUGAGAGCGAUGACAUUUACACUAAGGUUUAUGCCAAAUUAGGCCUGAGUCUGAUAUGGAAUCAGGAAGAUGCACUGAUGGUGGAGCUGGACAGCAGAUUUAAUAACCAUACAUGUGGUCUCUGUGGGGAUUACAAUGGAGUUCCAAUCUACAAUGAGUUUAUCAAUGGAGUUACAAGCUACAAUGCAAUUACAUAUGGGAAUUUACAGAAGAUCAGCAAACCUAAUGUCAGAUGUGAAGAUCCUGACGAAACUCAGGCUCUUCCAAGCUGUAAUGGGCAUCGUGAUGAGUGUGAGAGGUUGCUGACUUCCUCUGCAUUUGCUGAUUGUCGGUUACGCCUUAAUUUGGAAAUAUAUAUCCAAGCCUGCAUGCAGGACAAGUGUGCAUGUACUGGAAAUGAGGACUCCUUCUGCCUCUGCAGCACCAUCUCUGAGUAUUCUCGCCAGUGUUCACAUGCAGGUGGCCGGCCGGGUGAAUGGAGGACACAGUACUUUUGCCCCAAGACCUGUCCUAAGACCAUGAUCUAUAGAGAAAGCAGCUCACCCUGCAUGGAUACUUGCUCACACUUAGAGAUCAGCAGCCUUUGUGAGGAGCACUACAUGGAUGGUUGUUUCUGCCCUGAAGGAACUGUGUAUGAUGAUGUUGCUGGAAAAGGCUGCAUACCUGCUAGCCAGUGCCACUGCAAACUCCAUGGAAAGCAGUAUUCACCCGGAGAAAGCAUUACCAAUGAAUGUGAAGAAUGCACCUGUGAUUCAGGCAGAUGGACGUGCAAAGAUUUACCCUGUCCAGGCACAUGUUCAGUGGAAGGAGGUUCCCAUAUCACCACCUUUGAUGGGAAGAAAUACACCUUCCAUGGAGACUGUUACUAUGUGUUGGCCAAGGGUACUGUAAAUGACAGUCAUGCUCUCCUGGCCGAGCUGGCUCCCUGUGGCUCCACAGACAGGCAGACGUGUUUGAAGACUGUUGUGCUGUUAGUAGAUCACAAAAAAAAUGUGGUGGUUUUCAGAUCAGAUGGCAGUGUGUUACUGAAUGAGAUGACAGUGAGCGUGCCUCAUGUGUCAGCUAGCUUCUCAGUUUUCAAGCCAUCUUCCCACUACCUCGUUGUACAAACUUCUUUUGGGCUUCAGCUGCAGAUCCAGUUGUUUCCAGUCAUGCAGCUGUUUGUGACUGUGGAUCAAUCAGUUCAAGGAAAACUUCAAGGUCUUUGUGGAAACUUUAAUGGAAUGGAAGGUGAUGACUUUAAAACAGCCUGUGGGCUGGUAGAAGCCACAGGGUCUGCCUUUGCUAACACAUGGAAAGCUCAGUCCACCUGUACAGACCAGACAGAGAAUCUGGAAGACCCCUGCAGUCUCAGCAUUGAAAGCGCAAAUUAUGCUGAGCAUUGGUGUUCUUUGCUGAAAAACCCAGAGGGUCCUUUUGCAAGAUGUCACUUAAUCAUUGAUCCUUCAGAAUACUAUAAGAAAUGUAAAUAUGACACCUGCCUCUGCGAAGACAAUGAAGAAUGCUUGUGUGCUGCCCUGUCUUCUUACUCAAGAGCUUGUGCUUUCAAAGGGAUCAUACUGGGAGGCUGGAGAAAAAGUGUCUGCACUAAGGAAGUGUCUGCCUGCCCAGGAAAUCAAAUCUUCCUUUACAAUCUUACAAUGUGCCAGCAAACCUGUCGUUCCCUUGCUGAUGGUGAAAAACAUUGCUUGCAAGGCUUUGCUCCUGUGGAUGGCUGUGGCUGCCCGUAUAAUACAUACCUGGAUAACCAGGGUACCUGUGUACCCAUCUCCAAGUGCCCGUGUUAUUACAAGGGAUCAUACCUGGAACCAGGGGAAUAUGUCACAAAAGAUGGAGAACGUUGUGUUUGCCGAAAUGCAAAGGUCCAGUGUACUUCAGUGACAUUAGGAAUGAAACAUGCAACAGAAUGUUCUCCUGACAAGAUGUACUUUGACUGCAACACAUCCCCAAAGUGGACUUCACAAACACCUGUACAACUCAGCUGUCAUACUCCUCAAACUGAUCAUUUCCAGGCAGAGUGUGUCUCGGGCUGUGUAUGUCCUGAAGGUCUCUUUGAUGAUGGUAAAGGGGGCUGUGUUGAGCAGAAGGACUGCCCUUGCAUUCACAACAACCAGUGGUACUCUUCUGGACAGAAGAUAACAGUGGACUGCAACACCUGUACCUGCCAAAAAGGGGCUUGGAGCUGCACGGAAGAUGUGUGCUAUGGGACUUGUACGAUAUAUGGAAGUGGCCAUUAUAUCACCUUCGAUGGAAAAUUCUAUGACUUUGAUGGGAGGUGUGAAUAUGUGGCUACUCAGGAUUAUUGUGGUGACAGAAAUUCCAGUGGCUUGUUCAGUAUCAUCACAGAGAAUGUCCCUUGUGGAACUACAGGAGUCACCUGCUCUAAGGCUAUUAAAAUGUUUCUAGGGAAAACUGAACUGAAAUUGGAGAACAAAGAUUAUGAAGAAGUUCAGCGAGAUGUUGGUGAUGAUGUGCGUUAUUGGAACAGGACUGUAGGCCUCUACCUCGUUAUUGAGGCUAGCAAUGGUGUGAUGCUUAUUUGGGAUAAGAAGACUACUGUUUUCAUCAAGCUGACCCCUGAUUACAAAGGCAAAGUGUGUGGUCUGUGUGGCAACUUUGAUGACAAGUCUAACAAUGACUUUACAACAAGGAGUGGGGUGCAGGAGACUAGCGCUCUGAAGUUUGGGAAUUCCUGGAAACAGUCUUCCAUGUGCCCAGAUGUCACAGAAGAGAUUAAACCCUGCGAUAUGAAACCACAUCGGAAGUCCUGGGCAGAGAAAGAAUGCAACAUCAUCCGGAGUGGAGUCUUUAAAAUCUGUCACUCUAAGGUAGACCACCAUCCUUUCUAUGAAGCUUGUGUUCAUGAUGCCUGCUCUUGUGACAGCGGUGGAGACUGCGAGUGCUUCUGUUCUGCAGUUGCUGCAUAUGCCCAAGAAUGUACCAAGGCUCAGGCCUGUGUUUUCUGGAGAACUCCUGAUAUAUGCCCGAUAUUUUGUGACUACUACAACCCUCGUAAUGAGUGUGACUGGCACUAUGAGCCUUGUGGCAGUAAUGUCACGACCUGCAGGAUGAUUAACAAUGUCAGCACCAACUUUACAGUACCAUACCUGGAAGGUUGCUACCCCAGAUGUCCUCCAGAGAAACCUUUUUAUAAUGAAGCGACAAAGGAAUGUGUGCCUGCAGAUCAGUGUUGGUGUUAUGUCAAUGGAAUCCAUGUUCCCCCUGGGAGUGAAAUACCCACAGAAGACAACUGCACAAAAUGUAUCUGUGGCCCCUCAGGAUCCAUACAGUGUACACCAAUCCCAGGCUGUCCUUGUGUCAUCAAUGGAACAAGUUAUGAAGUGGGUGAAAUUGUGGCACAAAUACAGGAUGGUGACAUAUGUAUAACAUACAUUUGUGCAGAAAAUGGUUCUAUAGUUGUUGGAAGUACUUAUCCUUGUCCAACAUCUACUUCACCUACAACCAUUUCAACUACCUUUCCUACCAGUACUCUUACCACCACAGUUACCACUACAAGACCUCCAGUAACUACAACUCCAUGCUUUGCAUUAAUCUGUAAUUGGACUGAGUGGUUUGAUGUUAGUAACCCUGAGGAAGAUGGCGGUGACUACGAAACCUAUGAUGCAAUAAGAAAUGAAUAUGGAGACAAAAUAUGUGAAACCCCUGAAAAUAUCGAAUGCAGGGCUACAGAUGAGCCUGAUAUGAGCUUAGAGGAACUUGGCCAGAAAGUAGAGUGUAAUGUUACAUAUGGACUAAUCUGUAAGAAUGAGGAACAAGAUCCAACUAUGUGGCAACUUUGCUAUAAUUAUGAAAUCAGGGUAAAUUGUUGUGAGUGGCAUGAAAUUUCUUGUGAGACUCCAAGUACAGUGAGUCCAACACCAACUUCAACAACCGUCAGCACAACAGUACCCAUCACUACUACAACCAGGCGGCCAACAGCAAGUACCACCACACCCAUACCUACCCCAACCAUCACAAGUGAAUUCACACCAUCAGUCACCACCCCAGGAACUUCAACCUCUCCAGCCCCACCAUCGUCCACAAUGAGCACAGUGUCGUCUCCACCCAUAUCAACAACUUCUCCCACGCCAACAUCAUCAGACACCACCACCACCGUGCUGCCCACCAGCACUGUGAUGCCGCCCAGCAGCAGCACCAGCAGCAUCCUGGAGACAACGACAACCGUUACUGGCACACCAGCACCCACCCCAACUACUGUGAGCACAUCUGUGCCCACGCCAACAUACACCACCACCCAACGACCUAUAGACUGUGAAUGCGUCUGGACAGACUGGAUUGAUGUGAGUUACCCAGAUAGUUCUGACAGAAACAGUGGUGACUACGAAACCUUUGAGAAUAUUCUGAAGUACAACUCCUCCUGGGUCUGUGCGAAAGCUGAGAAUAUUUCAUGCAGAGCGGAGCGAUUCCCUCAUGUUCCCAUUGAAGACUUAGGGCAGAAUGUGGAAUGCAGUGUUAACACAGGGCUCAUCUGUAACAACAGUGAUCAGGUCAUAGGAGGUAUCGUACCAAUGCCGGUCUGCCUCAAUUACGAGAUCAGUCUCUGCUGCGUCCCCGACAUACCAGAGUGUUUUACAAGCACCACCACAGGCACCACGACAGUCCCACCGUCGCCCACAAUGAGUACAGUGUCCUCUCCGCCCAUAUCGACAACCGCUCCCACGCCAACACCACCGGAGAUUCCCAGCAGCACCACCAGAACCACCACGAUGCCUCCGAGCAGCACCAGCACCAGCAGCAUCCCAGAGACAACGACGACUGUUCCUGGCACACCAGCACCCACCCCAACUACUGUGAGCACAUCCAUGCCCACGCCAACAUACACCACCACCCAACGACCUAUAGACUGUGAAUGCAUCUGGACAGACUGGAUUGAUGUGAGUUACCCAAAUAGUUCUGACAGAAACAGUGGUGACUACGAAACCUUUGAGAAUAUUCUGAAGUACAACUCCUCCUGGGUCUGUGCGAAAGCUGAGAAUAUUUCAUGCAGAGCGGAGCGAUUCCCUCAUGUUCCCAUUGAAGACUUAGGGCAGAAUGUGGAAUGCAGUGUUAACACAGGGCUCAUCUGUAACAACAGUGAUCAGGUCAUAGGAGGUAUCAUACCAAUGCCGGUCUGCCUCAAUUACGAGAUCAGUCUCUGCUGCGUCCCCGACAUACCAGAGUGUUUUACAAGAGUAACAGAAACGACGAGCCAUGAGACCACUACCACCGGGACUGGGAGCCCUCCUACGGGAUCGCCUACCGCCACCGUCAGCACCACAACCUCACCACCGUCUCCCCCAAUGUCUACAGCCAGCACUCCUGCAUCACCACCAGUGGUAUCAACGACCCCAGUGACAGCCACCACUUCUGGAGUCACUGAAACAGGAUCGACCAUCAAAACCACCCCCUCAGCACCUACACCCACACGACCCACUCCCCACAGCACCACAAGAGUAACAGAAACGACGAGCCAUGAGACCACUACCACCGGGACUGGGAGCCCUCCUACGGGAUCGCCUACCGCCACCGUCAGCACCACAACCUCACCACCGUCUUCCCCAAUGUCUACAGCCAGCACUCCUGCAUCACCACCAGUGGUAUCAACGACCCCAGUGACAGCCACCACUUCUGGAGUCACUGAAACAGGAUCGACCAUCAAAACCACCCCCUCAGCACCUACACCCACACGACCCACUCCCCACAGCACCACAAGAGUAACAGAAACGACGAGCCAUGAGACCACUACCACCGGGACUGGGAGCCCUCCUACGGGAUCGCCUACCGCCACCGUCAGCACCACAACCUCACCACCGUCUUCCCCAAUGUCUACAGCCAGCACUCCUGCAUCACUACCAGUGGUAUCAACGACCCCAGUGACAGCCACCACCUCCGGAGUCACUGAAACAGGAUCGACCAUCAAAACCACCCCCUCAGUACCUACACCCACACGACCCACUCCCCACAGCACCACAGGAGUAACAGAAACGACGAGCCAUGAGACCACUACCACCGGGACUGGGAGCCCUCCUACGGGAUCGCCUACCGCCACCGUCAGCACCACAACCUCACCACCGUCUCCCCCAAUGUCUACAGCCAGCACUCCUGCAUCACCACCAGUGGUAUCAACGACCCCAGUGACAGCCACCACUUCUGGAGUCACUGAAACAGGAUCGACCAUCAAAACCACCCCCUCAGCACCUACACCCACACGACCCACUCCCCACAGCACCACAAGAGUAACAGAAACGACGAGCCAUGAGACCACUACCACCGGGACUGGGAGCCCUCCUACGGGAUCGCCUACCGCCACCGUCAGCACCACAACCUCACCACCGUCUUCCCCAAUGUCUACAGCCAGCACUCCUGCAUCACCACCAGUGAUAUCAACAACCCCAGUGACAGCCACCACCUCUGGAGUCACUGAAACAGGAUCGACCAUCAAAACCACCCCCUCAGCACCUACACCCACACGACCCACUCCCCACAGCACCACAAGAGUAACAGAAACGACGAGCCAUGAGACCACUACCACCGGGACUGGGAGCCCUCCUACGGGAUCGCCUACCGCCACCGUCAGCACCACAACCUCACCACCGUCUUCCCCAAUGUCUACAGCCAGCACUCCUGCAUCACUACCAGUGGUAUCAACGACCCCAGUGACAGCCACCACCUCCGGAGUCACUGAAACAGGAUCGACCAUCAAAACCACCCCCUCAGUACCUACACCCACACGACCCACUCCCCACAGCACCACAAGUGUAACAGAAACGACGAGCCAUGAGACCACUACCACCGGGACUGGGAGCCCUCCUACGGGAUCGCCUACCGCCACCGUCAGCACCACAACCUCACCACCGUCUUCCCCAAUGUCUACAGCCAGUACUCCUGCAUCACCACCAGUGGUAUCAACGACCCCAGUGACAGCCACCACCUCCGGAGUCACUGAAACAGGAUCGACCAUCAAACCCACCCCCUCAGCACCUACACCCACACGACCCACUCCCCACAGCACCACAAGAGUAACAGAAACGACGAGCCAUGAGACCACUACCACCGGGACUGGGAGCCCUCCUACGGGAUCGCCUACCGCCACCGUCAGCACCACAACCUCACCACCGUCUUCCCCAAUGUCUACAGCCAGCACUCCUGCAUCACCACCAGUGAUAUCAACAACCCCAGUGACAGCCACCACCUCUGGAGUCACUGAAACAGGAUCGACCAUCAAAACCACCCCCUCAGCACCUACACCCACACGACCCACUCCCCACAGCACCACAAGAGUAACAGAAACGACGAGCCAUGAGACCACUACCACCGGGACUGGGAGCCCUCCUACGGGAUCGCCUACCGCCACCGUCAGCACCACAACCUCACCACCGUCUUCCCCAAUGUCUACAGCCAGCACUCCUGCGUCACCACCAGUGGUAUCAACAACCCCAGUGACAGCCACCACUUCUGGAGUCACUGAAACAGGAUCGACCAUCAAAACCACCCCCUCAGCACCUACACCCACACGACCCACUCCCCACAGCACCACAAGUGUAACAGAAACGACGAGCCAUGAGACCACUACCACCGGGACUGGGAGCCCUCCUACGGGAUCGCCUACCGCCACCGUCAGCACCACAACCUCACCACCGUCUUCCCCAAUGUCUACAGCCAGCACUCCUGCAUCACCACCAGUGGUAUCAACGACCCCAGUGACAGCCACCACCUCUGGAGUCACUGAAACAGGAUCGACCAUCAAAACCACCCCCUCAGUACCUACACCCACACGACCCACUCCCCACAGCACCACAAGAGUAACAGAAACGACGAGCCAUGGGACCACUACCACCGGGACUGGGAGCCCUCCUACGGGAUCGCCUACCGCCACCGUCAGCACCACAACCUCACCACCGUCUUCCCCAAUGUCUACAGCCAGCACUCCUGCAUCACCACCAGUGGUAUCAACGACCCCAGUGACAGCCACCACCUCCGGAGUCACUGAAACAGGAUCGACCAUCAAAACCACCCCCUCAGCACCUACACCCACACGACCCACUCCCCACAGCACCACAAGAGUAACAGAAACGACGAGCCAUGAGACCACUACCACCGGGACUGGGAGCCCUCCUACGGGAUCGCCUACCGCCACCGUCAGCACCACAACCUCACCACCGUCUUCCCCAAUGUCUACAGCCAGCACUCCUGCAUCACCACCAGUGGUAUCAACGACCCCAGUGACAGCCACCACCUCUGGAGUCACUGAAACAGGAUCGACCAUCAAAACCACCCCCUCAGCACCUACACCCACACGACCCACUCCCCACAGCACCACAAGAGUAACAGAAACGACGAGCCAUGAGACCACUACCACCGGGACUGGGAGCCCUCCUACGGGAUCGCCUACCGCCACCGUCAGCACCACAACCUCACCACCGUCUCCCCCAAUGUCUACAGCCAGCACUCCUGCAUCACCACCAGUGGUAUCAACGACCCCAGUGACAGCCACCACCUCUGGAGUCACUGAAACAGGAUCGACCAUCAAAACCACCCCCUCAGUACCUACACCCACACGACCCACUCCCCACAGCACCACAAGAGUAACAGAAACGACGAGCCAUGGGACCACUACCACCGGGACUGGGAGCCCUCCUACGGGAUCGCCUACCGCCACCGUCAGCACCACAACCUCACCACCGUCUCCCCCAAUGUCUACAGCCAGCACUCCUGCAUCACCACCAGUGGUAUCAACAACCCCAGUGACAGCCACCACCUCUGGAGUCACUGAAACAGGAUCGACCAUCAAAACCACCCCCUCAGCACCUACACCCACACGACCCACUCCCCACAGCACCACAGGAGUAACAGAAACGACGAGCCAUGAGACCACUACCACCGGGACUGGGAGCCCUCCUACGGGAUCGCCUACCGCCACCGUCAGCACCACAACCUCACCACCGUCUCCCCCAAUGUCUACAGCCAGCACUCCUGCAUCACCACCAGUGGUAUCAACGACCCCAGUGACAGCCACCACCUCCAGAGUCACUGAAACAGGAUCGACCAUCAAAACCACUCCCUCAGCACCUACGCCCACACGACCCACUCCCCACAGCACCACAGGAGUAACAGAAACCACUGCAACUCACAGUACUCCAGCGACUUCAACUGCUGUCAUCACCACUACUUCAGGACCAUCCUCCCUAGAGUCUACUGCUAGCACUCCUGUAUCUCUGCCAUCAGUAUCAACUACCCCCCAGUCACACACCACCUCUGGUACAACUCCAACAGAAUCUUUUACCACCACUUCAGGAACAACCUCUGUUAGUUUUACCACAAUCACUGCAACCAGCACCACCAGCACCUCUGAAAUUGUUCCCCCUGGCUCAACUAGCACUUCUGGUCCAACUGCAACAUCAAGUGCAGUCACUGUUGUUGGAAGUUCUACGUACAGUACAGUUACUCCACUCAGUUCAACUGCCAGCACUCCUGGAAAAAAUUGUUCUAUUUUACCUAAUGAGUCUUAUGCACCUGGCGAGUCAUGGUGGCUCUGUGACUGUUAUAAAGCAAUAUGUAUAGAAGACAAUAUAAUCCAGGUGGUUCCCAUAAUCUGUAAUCCACCUCCUAAACCUAUUUGUUCCAAUGGGCUUUCUCCUGUGCAAGUCAUUGAUGAAGAUGGAUGCUGUUGGCACUGGGAGUGUGAUUGCUACUGCACUGGCUGGGGAGACCCACAUUACAUGACUUUUGAUGGACUGUACUACAGCUAUCAAGGGAAUUGUACAUACGUCCUUGUGGAGGAGAUUGAUAAGAAGGUUGACAACUUUGGUGUCUACAUUGAUAACUACCAUUGUGAUACACGGGAUGUAGUGUCCUGUCCUCGAACGCUCAUUGUGAGACACGAGACUCAGGAAGUGCGCAUAGCAACAGUCAAACCAAAUAGUCUACAAGUAGAGGUGACAGUAAACAGACAGACAGUGGCUCUGCCUUAUAAAAAAUUUGGCUUGAGCAUCUAUGAGUCAGGCAUAAAUCGUGUAGUGGAAAUUCCUGAACUGAAAAUGAAUGUGACCUACAAUGGCUUGUCCUUUUCUAUCAGAAUGCCCUACAGCCUGUUUGGCAACAAUACUCAAGGACAGUGUGGUACUUGCAAUAACAACACUGCAGAUGACUGCAUGUUGCCAAAUGGAAACAUUGCACAAAACUGUGAAACCAUGGCAGAUCAUUGGCAAGUUGUUGAUCCCUCCAAACCACAGUGCUCUCCAGGCCUAAUUCCUACAAAAACACCUACCACAACCCCAGUGCAGCCUUGCAAAGAAUCUUUAAUCUGCGAGCUUCUUUUGGGAAGUGUGUUCGAGCCAUGCCAUGCCUUUGUCCAGCCUGAGAAGUACUAUGCAGCCUGUGUUUUUGAUAGCUGUGUACUUCCCAAUUUAGACCUGGAAUGCUCAAGUCUGCAGAUCUAUGCUGCCACCUGUGCUGAUCAAAGUGUGUGCAUUGACUGGAGAAGUCAUACCAAUGGUGUUUGCUGCACUUAUAAAUGCCCCUCAGAUAAAGAAUACAGAGCAUGUGGUCCUCUUAAAGAGGUAACCUGCAAAUCAAGUCAACAAAACGAAACUUCAACUAAACAAGUGGAAGGCUGUUUCUGUCCUAAUGGAACAAUGCUGUAUGACUCUGGUGUGGAUGUCUGUGUGAAAACCUGCGGCUGUGUUGGAGUGGAUAAGAUACCAAGAGAGUUUGGAGAAAAGUUUACAAUAGAUUGUCAGGACUGUAUUUGCCUGGAAGGUGGAGAAGGUGGAAAUGGCAUUGUAUGUGAGCCUCAUGAAUGUGCCAAACAAAAUAAGACCACCUGUGAUGAAGAAGGCUUCUAUGAGGUUAAUGAAGUCAAUUCUGAAGACUUCUGCUGCCCCAUUGUCACCUGCAGAUGCAAUACAAGCUUGUGCACAACAAAAGCCCCUAAGUGUACACUGGGAUUUGAAGUUCAUUCUCAUAUUCCCAGUGGCCAGUGUUGUCCUGUGUACGAGUGUGUUCCCAAGAGGGUUUGUGUACAUCAGAAUGCUGAGUUCUUGCCUAAUUCCUCAGUCUUUGUUGAUAAAUGUCACAAUUGUUUCUGCACUAAUGAAGUUAACAUCAGCACUCAACUGAAUAUCAUCUCAUGUGAACAUAUUCCGUGCAACACAUAUUGUGAACCAGGAUAUGAGCAUCGACCAGUGAAAGGUGAAUGUUGUGGAAGAUGUGUGCAGACUAAGUGUAUUAUACAUACAGAAAACAAUUCUCACCUCAUCUUGAGUCCUGGAGAGUUUAAAAAUGAUCCUUACAACAACUGCACCAUUUAUAGCUGUGCAAAUAUCCACAACCAGCUUAUUUCUUCCACAUCUGAGAUUACCUGCCCAGCAUUCAAUGAGGAAAGCUGCAAACCUGGAACUAUUACAUUCUUACCGAACGGUUGUUGCAAAACCUGUGCACCUCUGGAUAGUAACACACCAUGCACUGUUCGUCAGAGAAAAGACUUUAUUGUCCAUAAGGGCUGCCGUUCUGUGGACAGAGUUGUCAUGACUGAAUGUGAAGGAACAUGUGGAACCUUCUCACUAUACUCCGCUGAGGCCAAUUCAAUGGACCACAGCUGUUCCUGCUGCAGGGAAUCAAGGACUACUGUGAGGAAAGUGAAACUGAAAUGUCCCUCUGGGCAUUCAAUCUCCCAUAAGUACAUCUACGUGGAAAGCUGCAGCUGCCAAGACACGAGUUGCAGCAGAUCAGGAUCCAGUGAGUUGCAGAGCACAGAAGAAAAUGACCACUUGAGCUCUCUGAACCGUAUCAAGAGGGCCAUCAGUUUAACAUCAAAAUGAAGAGGAAAAACCUAUCAACAUUCAACUAAAAGGACUAUGCACCAUUCCCAUCAUCCUUGACUGCUUUUGAACUUUGCUUUUCCCAGUUCCUGUAUCCUGUUUGUUCUCUGAUUGUUUUUAACAGUGCUCUAUUUAUUUGUGUACAAAAUAAGAAUACAUAUUUGUAUUCUUCUAAGUGCACAGCCUUUUGGGUCCUUUUAUAAUCAGCUUAUUUUCUCUGAAUGAUUA